AUGGUAUUCCGAUGCGCGGAGCCCGGCAAAGGGUGGGGCCUGCGCUGCGUGGAGCCCAUCCCCGCGGGUUCGUUUGUGGCGUGUUACCUGGGAGAGGUGCUGACGGAUAGAUCCGUUGACGACCGUGGGAGGCAGACCCACGACGACUAUGUGUUCGGCCUUGACUUCGCCAAGUGCGCCGCCAGGCCGGGCCACAGCGGUGGGGCACGAGCAGGAGGACUGUCCAAGGAGGAAGAGGAAGCGUUUGGUGACUUCGUAGUCUCCCCGAACAGGGAGAGGUUGCUGGAAGGGUUCGUCGCCGCUACGGGGUGUACGAGCCGCGAGCGGGCGGCGUACUUCCUGCGGGGCGCUGGCGGCGAUCUGGCGGUGGCGGUCAACCACUUCCUCGACGCGCCGGCUGGUGCCGGUGCCGGUGAUGCUCGUGGUGCCGCUUAUGCUGCUAUUGCUGCUGGUGCUGGUGCUGGUGCUGAUGCUGAUGCUGGUGCUGAUGCUGGUGCUGAUACAGCUGCUGGUGUUGGUGAGGACAAUGUACCGUGUGCUGACGACGAUGCAGAUGACGAGAUGGGGGAGUGGGAGGACAACGGCAGCGGAAGUGGCAGCGGCAACCAUGCGCCAGGCGACGGCGGCGGCGGCGGAGACGACGACGACAUUGCGGAUGGAAGCCCGCCGGCUCACCUGUCCGAGACGGAGCGGAGGCGGUGGGUCAGGCACCACAACCAGCGAGAGCGGAUGAUGUACCUGCGCCAACAGGAGGUAAGUGUGGAGCAGCACGUUCCGCGGAACGGUGCCGGUGAUGAUGUGGCGGCCCAGUCCCCGGCUCCCCCCCUCUCGUGCGAAGAGGCGAAGCAAGCGGGUGACGGUGCUACAGCGGGGGGCGGCGCUGCUUCCUCGACAAGGACUACGGUGUCGCCGCCGAGUUCUCCCGCGGAGGUGCUCUGGCAAGAAGUGGGAGACGACUUCGGUAGUAGCGAAGCGGUGGCGGAGGCAGGGGCGGGAAUGCUCGUGCCUCCCUGGAGGCACGGCAGCGUGGCGAUAGUGGCGGAGCCCCUCACGAAGAACGUGGUGCCGUCGGGGGCGACAUCGCCGCCUUCUUCUUCCGCAACACCUCCCCCAUCGGACGAACUUCCCAACCCCAAGCGCAUCAGGAGGGGGGGCGACCUCCACGAGUCGUUGUGCGAAGUCGUCGACCCCCCAGGGCACCCCCCUCCAGGAGUUUCGUCGCCGGGGCCCCCACGCGGGUCCGGAGGGAGCGGUGAGCAGUGGCUGACACGCCGGAAAGACAAGGCGCCUGGAAAACCUUCGACUCCGAGCAUGGCCACACCAGCAACAGCUAUGAGUGUGGCCACAGCAGGCGUGAGUACGCCCACAUCAGCAACAACAGCUGCGAGUACGCCCACAGCAGAAACAGCUGCUGUGAGUACGCCCACGGCAGCAACAACAGCGGCACAAGAAGAAGUAAAUUAUGGGGAGGGGCUCUUCGCGGAGAUUGACCUUUCUCUGGAGGACGAGUCGACCACCGUGUCGCAGACCCGAUCACCACACAAAGACGCUGCUGUCUCUACCGCCGAAGAAGCCCAUCGGACGCCACCGCCGAGUCGGAACAUCGCCGCGCGGACCCACGCUGCAGCAGGCGGAGGCCCCGGCGUUGACAUCGCCGCAGCCGGUGCUGGUGGUGGUGGUAACGAGGUCGAUUUCGAGGUGGAGGCUUGGACGCCGUCUUCGCCGCGCUCGGAUGUGUCGCCGGAGAUGGCGGUGGACGCCAAGGACUUCGGCAACGUGGCGAGAUUCAUGAACCACAGCUGCGACGGAAACCUGGUGAAGAAGAUGGUUUUCGUCGAGGGCCACGACUUUCGCAUCCCGCGGGUGGCGUUCUUCUCUCUCGAGAAGAUACAGGCGUACGAGGAGCUUACGUACGACUACAACUACAAGGUCGGUUCGGUGGAGGGGAAGAGCCUGGCUUGCCGCUGCGGGGCCCCGACUUGCCGCGGGAUGCUGCUUUGAAACCCCAGUCAAGCCGGCACGCUCUCCUUUCCGUGUUUUGACGGGAAGGGAUGGACUGUUGAUUCCCACUACCGUCACGUUGCGAGACGUUUGAUAAAGGUUGUUUGUUAUUGUUGUUGUUGGUGUUAAUGCUAUUGUUGUGUUCCGUUGAGAAAACCGUUCCGAUCUCUGGUCAGUACCGUCGAACAUCCGUAACGGUCCGACUGACUCCGGAGCAGGGUGUGGUCACAGGCCAACGGCAAGAGGCGGCGAGAAGUCACCCCCCCCUAGACAGAUUUCAAAGCUCGAUUACUCCAUAACCAAGAUUGUUCCAACACCAACAUUAUUGAUUUGAGAACCACUCCGUCGAGGGCAUUCCGUACACGUAUCGGGUUCCUUCCGCAUCGAGCUUUGAAAGUCGGCAUUGGCGGGGUGCCAUCUCCCGUCCUCUUGCGGUACCCCCAACAAGGGUACAAGUUUGCGCUACCAAGACUCAAAGAGAUUUUAAAUAGGUUGUGUUGUUUGAUAUUGAGCCCUUCGGUGUUAUCGUCGUUGUUGUCUCGACAUGUAACGGUUCUCUCGUCUCGAGAGCAUCCCUCCCGCACGGUGUAUUGUACAGUAGACAAGUGUGGUUUUUGUCUCCAGUGGGGUGGCGCCUGACUUUGCACCGCUAGAUAGGAAGUGUCUUAUUAACCGUUAAAUACGUUUGGUUGAUAGUGUGCGGGGGUUGGUUCGAAGGUCUCAUGAGAAGGCAAGGCACCAACGCCGUAGUCUAGUGUAUUUACGCGAAAAGUACACGCACAGAUCGUUAUUUGAGUUUUAGUUGCGUCUGAUUAGGUUGUGUGAAGUUGCUAUAACUGACGCUGGGGGGGAGAUAAAUAGGCGAGAAUGGUAGCGAUAUGUGUGUGUGUGUGUGCCCUACCUUGGGCGCCAGAUUAUGGGGUUUCCUACGCGUUUCUCGGGCGUUCGUAGAGGCGGGGCCAGCUGGCAAGGACGAGAGGCGAC